AAAAUCCAUCGACAGCCUCCUCCUUCUUGUCUACUUCUCCUAGCUUCGAUAAUAAUUGUACUUUCCCCCUCCCCCUGUAUCGCUCUUUCUUCACCAACGAUUCACACCUCCGUUUUUCUCCCACCGGAGAUCCUCCUCCGAUCUUCGCUCCAGACCACAGCUUCCGGCGUCGGCUGCUACCUCCGUUUCCGAUCUGUUGGUAACGGCAGAUCAGAAAUGGGUUCAGAGGCCAAAGUUCUUUCACUCGAAGAGGUUUCAAAACACGCUACAAAAGAGGAUUGUUGGCUUAUUAUUUCAGGAAAGGUGUAUGACAUUACACCUUUUCUUGAUGAUCAUCCUGGAGGUGAUGAAGUCCUAGUGUUAGCCACCAGGAAAGAUGCAACAGAAGAAUUUGAAGAUGUGGGGCACAGUCAAAAUGCGCGAGACAUGUUGAAAGAUUAUUAUGUUGGUGAUAUUGAUGUAAACACUUUGCCAAAAAAAGGACAAUACUACAAGCCUCCUUCAGCCUCUGGUUCAAAACAAGCUUCUGCUGGUGGAUCAUCCAACAACACUAUUGUUAUGUUGGUUCUACCUAUAAUCAUCAUGAUCUUGGCAUAUGCUCUUUAUUUUUAUGCCAACAAAAGAUGACGUCAUCACCAUUGCUUGAAACUGAUGUCAAGUCUUUUGCUAUUUUAAAAACUAUAGCUGCUCACAUUUUGUAAUUGAAUGAGGACAUCUCUCUCUCUCUCUCUCUCUCUCUCUCUCUCUAGUAUGGAAUUUGGGGUUUGUGUUUUUUUUUAUGAACUAGGUUGUUCUUGGACCUUAAUGAGAGUAUAAAAACGUAUGUUGCUUUGGGCAAUGGCCUUUAUAUAAUGCUAUAUAAAAGGGGGACUUAAAAGGGUUGCUUUUUGAAGCAAUAAAACUCAUAUUCAGGGUUUA